AUGACAGAGAGUAACGUUGAUACAAUAUUAUCUCGAAUAUCAGAAGUCUCUGAGCAGUGGGAAUCAAGUGAAGGACCAUCUCCAUGCCAUAAUAAUUUUCGCUUUAGCAAAAAAUCAGUCCCUACUAUGAGAGAGGCUCUCUGGUUGAUCCAAGAUAAUUUAAGAUUGGCUUAAAAUUCCAGUCUCUAAGAAUUAUUUCUGUCUUUUGGCAUCUCAUGGAUAGCUUUGCGCUGGUACUAAGGGCUAUCCUCACCUAUGGCCUUUUACUUCUGAUGCCACCAAAAAAAUUGAUGACGUAGAAAAUCUCUGGGGAGAAUGCCUUACUGUCUUUUAGGUCUUACGAAACCCUCAAACUCCAAAAGAGAGUGGAGUAUAGCUAAAUCGCCCUUUGCCUUCUAACUGAGCUGCAUCACAGGAUCAGUAAUACUCCCAUGAAGCGCUAAUGGACAUUAUUCCAGUAGCACAUCUGCAAACCAGGAUACAAAGGUUGAGGGUUAGAUCCUGACCAUAAAACCCACCCGGAGAACUGAGUAAUGUGCUCUUCUCCUCUAGGUUCGGAUCAACUCACUGAUCAUCAAGCCAUGACACCAUUUAAAUAAUUUUUUAAUCCAAGAAGAAAACGAAAAUGAACUGCAUAGCCCUAACCCUUCCAAAAAGAUAACAGUAGAUUCAGCUGAAGAAUCCCCAAACGACGAAAAGAAUGCUGAAAUUAAUUUGAAAGAAUUUGAGUCUAAAUUGGUAGGAAAAGACAAAUGUUCAUGUGCUUGCACACUAUUUUAA